AUAAAAUAUUACAAAAUACCAGAAGUAUUUUUCCGAAAUAAAAUCAUCGAUACAUUGUUAGUGACUAUGACAUUUUUCUACCUCUGGCCAGUCUGUAUAUCCGAUAAGAAUCCAAUAAAAACAAAGAAAAAAGGAAAUAUCAAGUUGGACACAAUAAACAAUAUAAAUUAAUCAAUCCUAAUUGUCGACAAAUUUGCCCAAAACUCCGCAUGCAUUGAUUGCGACAUCAUGGCUAACAAUUAUCUGCAACCAGUGAACAAUCAUUUUGACAUUGAAAACCUUACGGAUGUGGAUGACGAUUUAUUUCUGAAAAAUACACGAACGAAACCACAGCGUAGUACGAAUCCAUUUGAUAACGAUGAUGACGACGUAUCCACAUCGUCAUCAAUUGCUGCACAACGACAAGCCUACGCUGAGAAGCGCAGGGAAAUCGAGCAGCGCACUCUGGACUCGACCCAGAAGAGUUUGGGUUUGCUCUACGAAACCGAAGAAGUGGGCAAGGCGACGGCUGUGGAGUUGGCCAGACAAAGGGAGCAAUUGGAAAAGACCUCGAAUCAAUUGGAUGAAAUUAAUGCGACUUUGAGAUUUAGUCAGCGCCAUUUAAAUGGACUGAAAAGCGUCUUUGGAGGACUCAAGAACUAUUUGUCGGGUAACCGAGACCAACCACCGACGGCAACAGGUUCACCCACUGGCAGCAAGGUUUCUCAGGAAACGAACAGCAAUAUUAAUGUAGCUGGUGGUGGAUUUGGAGCUGAAGCGGGAGCUGUAGGAGGCUACAAACCAAGAGAAGCUAUGUCGCCUACGGAACGCUAUGACAAUCAUCCCGUUAGUCGAUUGCGUGACGAUUCAAGUGCCGCUCUCCAACGUCAGGCGACUCAGCAACAACGAGCCUCUAAUCCUUUCCAGCAGCAGUUGGAUUCGAAUCUCGGUGAAAUGUGUGACAAUUUGUCUCGCUUGAAGAACCUAGCUAUCGAUAUGAGUUCAGAGAUUGAUUCUCAGAACGUAUUAUUGGAUAAUAUGAACGAUAAGGUCGAAUGUGUUAAUUUCAAAAUGGAAAAGCAGAAAAAGGAUAUUAAUCUAAUGCUUAAAAAGUGAGCGGAGACUGAUGUGGAUUUGAUGCUGGACCAUAUUAUUAUUAUCAUUAUCAUUAUACGUACAUAUAUAAAAUAGCUUAUUAUAUUUUCGAUCGUAUGUGUGUUUCGCGCCAUCAUUUCGCAUUCCUUGUUAGUUAGUUUACGAUUGUGUGCACCAAAAAGAUAUUUGUACGAGUCAUAAAUUUGGCAACUGAAUAUGUCGUUAUGCAUAGGUGUUCAUUUUAAAUGAGAAAAUAAAAAUUUUCAUUAAUAA